CGGUCACACGUUCUCCAUCGCUGCACUUUUCACUCAUCACCCCUCAAAGUCUCUUCUUCUUCUUCGAGAAAUCAACAGAGCCAGAUAAUAAACCAAAAUUCAAAAACAAUAAUGUCAGACACCAAUCCAGAAUCCUCAAACUUCAACGCUCUCAACACGGACGUCACGGAAUCAAUCCUCUCCCUUCUCCCAAUCCCAUCCCUCGUCCGUUUCUCCUCCGUCUCCAAACUCUGGCGCUCAAUCAUCACCUCCCUCCCUCCUUCCCCUUCCCCUUCCCCAUGGCUCUUCCUCUUCGGCAUCCACAACACCUCCUCCUUCCACAACCAAUCCUUCGCCUUCGACCCCCUCUCCAACUCCUGGCUCCGCCUCCCCUUCCCCCCCUCCCUCCCUUCCCUCCACCUCCUCGGCUCCGAUCGCUUCCUCUUCACCACCGCUCCUCGAUUCUCCUUCUCCCCCUUCCUCAAACCUAACUGGCGCUUCACUUCCCCCGUCCCUUUCCCCAGAAUCAACCCCCUCCUCGCCGUCUUCUCCUCCAACCUCAUCCUCGUCGGCGGAGUCGGAUCCAUCGGCGGUUUAGUCAACAUCGACGAUCGCUCACCCGUUCAGAUCUACGACACCACUCUCGACUCCUGGCAGCUAUGUCCUCCCCUCCCCCAAUCUUUCCCAUCCGCCGCUCACGAAUCCCUAAGCUCCGCUCUCUGCAAACGCAGAUUCUACGUCUUCGACAUCAACUCCUCCUUCAUCUCCUCCUUCUCCUUGGAUACUCACACCUGGAGCGACGUUCAAACGCUCCGACCACCAGGCCUCCUCUUCGCCUUCCUCAAUUCAUGUGGCGACGAUACGCUAGUCCUCGGCGGGAUGUGUAAUUCUUCGGAUCGCGGAUUCUCGUUUAAUCUCUGGAGAAUCGAGGAAGGCUCGAUGGAGUUCAGCGAGAUCGCGAUUAUGCCUGAGGCUUUGUUGUUUGGGCUGGUUGGUGGUGAUAAUGAGGAUGAGGAUGAUGGUAACAGGUUCAGGAGUUUGAAAUGUGUUGGCGCUGGGUGUCUUGUCUAUGUCUUUAAUGAGGAUGGUCAUAAGAAGUAUCCCGCUUGCGUUUGUGAGAUUGGUUUGGAGAAUGGUGGCAAGUGUAGGUGGAGGAGUGUGCCUCCUUUGCCUUCUCCUGUUAAUAAGUUUCAUAAGCUUGUUUCUUUCUGCUCCACUGUUUCUAUUACCGACGUUUUCCACUCCGAUGCCACUCACAUUGGUGCUUGACUUUUCCUUUACUUACUACGCCAAUGGUUAGCUAUUUAUAAUCCACUACCUAUCUUACCAUCCACGGGGUACGAUUUUACUUGGAAUUCUUCAUCCAUUGAUGUAUUGGUAUUGUUUACUAAUGACUAAAUAGUCUUCGCCUCUUGUGAAAUUUCCGUUACAAUGUAAAGUGGAGAUGAACAAAGAAAUAAGUGUAUAAAGAUAUUAUGUAAUUAGGUGAUAUUGUUGGAAAAAAAAACUCAUUUUGUAAUUCUUCGCUAAUAUGUUGUUGCUAUGUUAA